GCCCCCCCGUGACCGGCCGGAGCCGCGCCCGCCGCCCGCCGGGACGAUGCCGCCGCGCUGGGAGGCGGCCGCGCUGCUCGCCGCCCUCGUCGGCGUCUGCGUGUGGACCGACGACCCCGGGAAGGUGGUGUCGGACCGCUACGCCGUGUACUGGAACCGCAGCAACCCCAGGUUCCACCGCGGGGACUACACGGUGGAGGUGAGCAUCAACGACUACCUGGACAUCUACUGCCCGCACUACGAGGAGCCGCUGCCCGCCGAGCGCAUGGAGCGCUACGUCCUCUACAUGGUCAACUAUGAGGGGCACGCGUCCUGCGACCACCGGCAGAAGGGCUUCAAGCGCUGGGAGUGCAACCGCCCCGACUCCCCCAACGGGCCCCUCAAGUUUUCCGAGAAGUUCCAGCUCUUCACCCCCUUCUCGCUGGGCUUCGAGUUCCGGCCCGGCCACGAGUACUACUACAUCUCUGCUUCUCCCCCGAACAUGGUGGACAGGCCCUGCCUCAAGCUGAAGGUUUACGUUCGGCCGACGAACGAUUCCCUCUACGAGUCCCCGGAGCCCAUCUUCACCAGCAACAACUCGUGCUGCAGCCUCAGGGUGCCGCACGCCGCGCUCGUGGUGGUGCCGGUCUUCUGGACGCUGCUGGCCUCCUAGCGCCGCGGGGCGAGGUGCGGGACGGAGCGGGGCUGUGCUGCCGGCCAGGAGCCCCCCGGAGCCCCCCGCACCAGUGCAGCGCGCCGGGGGAGCAGUCCCGCACCAGCGGCGGUGGAACCGGGACGGAUCCUGCCCGCGCACCUCGAGGGCUCCCUUCCCUGCAGCUCGCUCGGCUCCGGCUCCCCCGUAGGAUGUUGCUUUUUACAUUUCUAGACCAAAUAUAGAGUCCUGAUUUUUGAUUAUUUUCGAUUUUUUUUUUU